UGCUUUCAUUUUUGCUCGUGCCGAGGGGAAGUCAGUGGAUAUUCGGCAAGCAGCUGGGUUGCUUUUGAAGAAUAACCUCAGGACUGUGUUUAAAACUAUGCCGCUGGGGAACCAGCAAUAUAUAAAGUCCGAGUUGUUACCUUGUCUAGGUUCUACUGAUAAGCACAUUAGGUCUACAGCCGGGACCAUCAUUAGUGCUAUUGUUCAGAUUGAGGGAGUUGCUGGUUGGCUGGAGUUGAUGCACACUCUUGUAAAAUAUUUGGAUAGCAAUGAUGUGAAUCUCAUGGAAGGGGCAAUGGAUGCUUUGUCUAAGAUAUGUGAGGACGUUCCUCAAGUAUUGGAUUCUGAUAUUUCUGGAUUGUCAGAAAGACCCAUUAAUGUUUUCAUCCCAAGGUUUCUUCAGCUUUUCCAUUCACCACAUGCUACACUAAAAAAGCUUUCCCUGGGUUCUGUAUAUCAAUUCGUUAUGAUGAUGCCCAAGGUUCUUUAUGUGAAUAUGGACAAGUAUUUGCAAGGUUUGUUUCUUCUUGCUAAUGAUUCAACUUCAGAGAUCCGGAAGUUGGUAUGUGCAGCUUUCGUUCAAUUGAUUGAAGUUCACCCAGCUUUCUUGCAGACACAUAUGAGGAAUGUUAUUGAAUAUAUUCUUAAAGUCAAUGAGGACAUCGAUGAUGAAGUGGCUCUUGAAGCUUGUGAGUUUUGGUCAGCAUAUGCUGAUGCUCAGCUCCCUCCAGAAAAUUUGAGGGAAUUUUUGCCGCGUCUGAUUCCAGUCUUGCUUUCCAACAUGGUUUAUGCUGAUGACGAUGAAUCACUUGCGGAGGCUGAGGAAGAUGGAUCUCUUCCUGAUAGAGACCAGGAUCUGAAGCCGCGGUUUCAUUCAUCACGGUUUCAUGGAUCAGAAGAUGCUGAUGAUGAUGAUGAUGACACAGUGAACAUAUGGAAUUUAAGGAAGUGCAGUGCAGCUGCUCUAGAUGUUCUCUCAAAUGUAUUUGGUGAUGGGAUUCUCUCUAGUUUGAUGCCUGUUGUUCAGACUAAAUUAUCUACUACAGAUGAUGCAUCUUGGAAGGAAAGGGAAGCUGCGGUUUUAGCUCUUGGUGCUGUCGCUGAGGGAUGCAUUAAUGGACUUUAUCCACAUUUGUCUGAGAUUGUUGGUUUUCUGGUCUUGCUCAUAGAUGACAAACUUCCACUCAUGCGAAGUAUCUCCUGCUGGACAUUGUCACGCUUUAGCAAAUUUGUUGUUCAGAGCAAUGAUCAUCAACAAGGACGCGAACAGUUUAAUAAAGUUCUUAAAGGUCUUCUGCGAAGAAUACUAGAUGAUAACAAGCGAGUGCAAGAAGCUGCCUGUUCCGCUUUUGCAACACUUGAAGAGGAGGCUGGAGAUGAGCUGGUACCAUGCCUAGAGACUAUUUUGCAGCACUUAAUGUGUGCCUUUGGAAAGUAUCAGAGACGAAAUCUUCGAAUUGUUUAUGAUGCCAUUGGAACACUCGCAGAGGCUGUGGGAGGAGAGUUAAAUCAGCCCAGAUACUUGGAGAUAUUAAUGCCCCCACUGAUUGCAAAGUGGCAGCAAAUUUCAGAUUCAGAUAAAGACCUUUUCCCACUGCUGGAAUGCUUUACGUCUAUUGCACAGGCAUUGGGUACUGGAUUCUCACAAUUUGCUCCACCUGUAUUCCAGAGGUGCAUAAACAUCAUUCAAACACAACAAAUGGCAAAGGUUGGUGCUCCAUCAACUGGGAUACCGUAUGACAGAGAAUUCAUUGUUUGUUCCUUGGACCUCCUCUCUGGAAUUGCGGAAGGACUUGGUAGCAGCAUUGAGAGCUUGAUAUCACAAAGUAUUUUAACUGAUUUGCUUUUGCAAUGUUGUUUGGAUGAUGUUUCUGAUAUACGACAAAGUGCCUUUGCAUUGCUCGGCGAUCUUGCAAGGGUUUGUCCAGUUCAUUUACGUCAACACCUGUCUGAGUUUCUUGGUGCUGCCAUGAAGCAACUGGAGGCUGCCAAGCUGAAUGAGACCGUGUCUGUCGCAAACAAUGCCUGUUGGGCAAUUGGAGAAAUUGCAAUUAAGGUUCGCAAAGAAAUAUCUCCUGUUGUGCUGGCAGUGAUCUCAUGCUUGGUGCCAAUUCUUCAACAUGCCAAGGAACUCAACAAGUCACUGGUAGAAAAUAGUGCUAUAACUCUUGGAAGACUUGCUUGGGUCUGUCCAGAGCUCGUCUCACCACAUAUGGAGCAUUUCAUGCAAGCGUGGUGCACAGCUUUGUCAACGAUACGUGAUGAUAUUGAGAAGGAGGAGGCAUUUCGAGGGUUAUGUGCAAUGGUCAGAGCAAAUCCGUCUGGGGCUUUGAGUGCAAUGGUUUUCAUGUGUAAAGCCAUUGCUAGUUGGCAGGAAAUAAGGAGUAGUGAUCUUCAAAAUGAGGUCAUUCAGGUGUUGCAGGGGUACAAACGAAUGCUUGAGAAUGGGGCGUGGGAACAAUGCAUGUCCUCUCUUGAGGCUCCCAUGAAGGAUAAGCUUCUAAAGUACCUUGCCUAAUGCUCACUGCCUUUUCAUUUGGGCUUUUAAAGUACCUUGCUUAAUGCAUGUGAUUGAUAAUGGAGGGAACUAUGCACCCCUGCACUUUCGUGUUAGCGUUGUGUAUUGUUGUGCUGUAGCCUGUGUGGUUCUUCAAGAGUGCAAAGUUUUGGCCAAGUGUGUGAUAGAAGAAUUUGGAUUGAAAGCCUUUAUUUAUACACGCAAAAAUUGGUUGGUUGAGAAAAUGGUGAUACUGUAAAGGGCGGAUGGGCAUUUCUGACAUUUUCUUUUCUACCUAGUGUCCUGUAUGUUAUCAUUUCAAAAUUUAGGGCAUAGUCUUACUGUUAUGGAUCAGGAAAUUUUGUCUCAUGUAAUUUUAUAUACACAUAUGGCACUGGGCUCGUUAGGUUUUUUAGCCUGUUCCACAAAAUUGAGUAGAAGGAAUUGGUUUGAACAUCAAGUAGGUGAAGAAGAAGAAAUGCCGGAUGUAUUGGUUUGAAAAAGUCUAGCAAUUGUAUUGUAUUUGACUAUUUGGUGUGGAAAUGGGAUUUCAUUUCAUUUUGUCUGUUCUUUUCAAGUAUUUUAUUUAAUGGAGAAAAAAUUGUAUCAGU